CCGCUGCGACGUAAGCAUUCGUUUUUAUAAGAUUACGACUGACUGUCCACGCGCUCGCUUUCUUUUCGCCCCUUAUUACGGCAGGCUAGAAAAUUAGGAUAUUUCGAAAUUCCCCAUUUCCCAAGAUGCAUCCUACAUAUAUCUUCACUGGCCUCGUCGCCCUCGCCUCUAGUGCCAAUGCCGCAGUCCUCCCGCGAAAUGAUCCGUACGUAGGUGAUCUGAGGACAUUCGGCCAAGUGGACUGCUCGGCCGACAAUCAAGGGGUUGGCACUUUCACCCAGUCGAUGACCGGCAUCUGCAAUCAAUGGCCCGAAGCAUUCAGCUCUAUAUACGUCCAUUUAACGGACGGAUGGGUUUUCCACGCCUAUACCAACUCUAACUGUUCAGAUAAUGGAAAUUUCAUCCAGGGUUCUGUACCAAAGGAUGGAUAUCCUGUCAUCUGCAAUAAUUCUCCUACUCAAUGGGUUGCUUAUACCGUAGACCGGCUUCCGCCUUCAUCGCCGUCUGACGGAUCGCCAUCGGAGGGAUCGCCUCCUACCUCUACGCCUACACCACUUACACCGCCUACACCUCCUCACGGACCACCGCAUGGUGGCCCGCCAUUCGGUCCACCUUUUGGCGGAUCGACUCAGAACUCCACAUCCUGAAUCCCG